UUUUUUUUUCCCAACUUGAACCCUUUGAAGAAUCUCCUGUUCAUUUCUUCUCAGCUGUUCUUCUGCUAAGUUUAAAACUUACUCUGUGGCUCUUUCUCACCACCAACAUUCAACACAGUUGUGUUUCCUUCACAAGGAAUUUCCUCCAAGACUUCCAAAAUGGUUUUUAGACACACUGGAUAAGAGUUGACACUUGCCUGUGUGGGCUUCUGCCUCUCAGCUCCACCAUCUUCUCAUGACAUUUUGAUUGCACUGAGCCCAAGUGACCAGCUCUUCAUAAUGAGUGAAGAGAAGAACCUGGGUGUGUCCCAAAAAUUGGUUUCUCCUUCAAGAAGCACAAGUAGCUGUUCCUCCAAGCAAGGAAGCCGACAGGACAGCUGGGAAGUGGUAGAAGGACUGAGGGGAGAGAUGACUUACACCCAGGAGCCGCCCGUGCAGAAAGGAUUUUUGCUGAAAAAGAGGAAGUGGCCCUUAAAAGGCUGGCACAAGAGAUUCUUCUACCUGGACAAAGGAAUCUUGAAAUAUGCCAAGAGCCAAACUGAUAUUGAGAGAGAGAAGCUGCAUGGCUGCAUUGACGUGGGGCUUUCGGUGAUGUCUGUGAAGAAGUCAUCCAAGUGCAUUGACCUUGACACCGAGGAGCACAUCUACCACCUGAAGGUGAAGUCCGACGAACUCUUUGAUGAGUGGGUAUCCAAGCUCCGACACCACAGAAUGUACCGGCAGAAUGAGAUCGCCAUGUUUCCUCGUGAUGUCAGUCACUUUUUCUCGGGGCCCACUGUUACAGAUUCUGCCCCAGGAGUGUUCGAUUCCAUUUCCAGUAGGAAGCGUAGCAGUCUGUCAAAGCAGAAUUCAUUUCAAACUGGAAGCAAUUUGUCAUUUUCUUGCGCUGGUGACACACGAGUUCCAUUCUGGCUACAGUCUUCAGAGGACAUGGAAAAAUGCUCAAAAGACCUGGCACACUGCCACGCCUAUCUGCUGGAAAUGAGCCAGCUCUUACAAAGCAUGGACGUCCUACACCGGACAUACUCAGCGCCAGCCAUCAAUGCCAUCCAGGGUGGAGCUUUUGAAAGUCCCAAAAAGGAAAAGCGAUCACACAGGAGGUGGCGGUCCAGAGCUAUUGGCAAAGAUGCUAAAGGAACCCUGCAGGUCCCUAAACCUUUUGCUGGCCCAGUGAGACUACACUCUUCUAAUCCUAAUUUGUCAACACUGGACCUUGGCGAAGAGAAGUGUUACUCAGAUGGUUCUGAAGCCUCAUCCGAGUUCUCCAAGAUGCAGGAAGACCUGUGCCAUGUUGCCCACAAAGUUUACUUCGCUUUAAGGUCAGCUUUUAAUAGCAUAUCGGCGGAGAGAGAGAAGCUGAAGCAGCUGAUGGAGCUGGAGGUCUCCUCUUCUCCUUCUGCUCAGGUCGUCGGUCUGAAGCAUGCCCUGUCAUCUGAAAACUCCGGGGAUGAAAGCCGAGCCCUGGUGCACCAGCUCUCCAACGAGAGCAGGCUGUCUAUCACGGACUCCCUUUCUGAGUUUUUUGAUGCCCAGGAAGUUCUGCUAUCUCCUAGCUCUUCAGAAAAUGAGAUUUCUGAUGACGAUUCAUAUGUCAGUGACAUAAGUGACAAUCUGUCCUUAGACAACCUCAGUAAUGAUUUAGACAAUGAAAGACAGACCUUAGGGCCUGUUCUGGAGAGUGGUGGGGAAGCCAGGUCCAAAAGGCGGACCUGCUUGCCCGCACAGGGUCCCAACACCAGCAGUGUCAGCUUGUGGACCAUCCUGCGGAACAACAUUGGGAAGGACCUGUCCAAGGUGGCCAUGCCCGUGGAGCUGAAUGAGCCCCUGAACACACUGCAGCGGCUCUGUGAGGAGCUGGAGUACAGCGAGCUUCUGGACAAGGCUGCGCGCAUCCCCAGCGCCCUGGAGAGGAUGGUGUACGUGGCAGCCUUCGCCAUCUCUGCGUAUGCGUCCAGCUACUUCCGAGCAGGCAGCAAGCCGUUUAACCCGGUCCUUGGAGAAACGUACGAAUGUGUCCGACAGGACAAGGGCUUCCAGUUUUUUGCCGAGCAGGUCAGCCACCACCCACCUAUCUCCGCCUGCCACGCUGAGUCUGGGAACUUUGUUUUCUGGCAAGAUGUGAGAUGGAAAAAUAAAUUCUGGGGUAAAUCCAUGGAAAUUGUCCCAAUCGGCACAACCCACGUGACUCUGCCUGCUUUUGGAGAUCACUUCGAGUGGAACAAAGUGACCUCCUGCAUCCACAACAUCUUAAGUGGACAGCGGUGGAUCGAGCACUAUGGUGAAAUUGUCAUCAAGAACCUGACGGACGAUUCCUGCCACUGCAAAGUGAACUUCAUAAAGGCAAAAUACUGGAGCACUAAUGCUCACGAGAUCGAAGGCACGGUAUUCGACCGCGAUGGGAAGGCUGUUCACCGGCUGUUUGGAAAAUGGCAUGAGAGCAUCUACUGCGGUGGUGCCUCCUCCUCCACGUGUGUCUGGAGAGCAAAUCCCAUGCCGAAAGGCUAUGAGCAGUAUUAUGGCUUCACACAGUUUGCAUUAGAGUUAAAUGAAAUGGAUCCUCUGUCAAGGUCUUUAUUACCACCCACCGACACUCGGUUUAGACCAGAUCAAAGGCUUCUAGAAGAAGGGAACAUAGAGGAAGCCGAGGCACAGAAGCAGAGGAUUGAACAGCUGCAGAGGGAGAGGAGGCGAGUCUUAGAGGAAAACAACUUGGAGCACCAGCCCCGGUUUUUCAGGAAAUCCAGCGACGACUCUUGGGUGAGCAACGGGACAUACCUGGAACUGAGGAAAGAACUUGGCUUUUCCAAACUAGACCAUCCCGUCUUGUGGUGAAAAAGUAGAGAAGAAAACUGUUAGUGUCCUUGCCCCACAUUUGCUUCUGGAAGCAGCACACACCUGUGUCUGUACCUUUAAAAGAUAGCAUCUAGAAUGACCACUUGUGCUUAGCUUAUAGCAUUGUAAGUACUGAAGUGUAUAUUUUCUUCAGUAAGUUUCUUUACAAUUUCAAAUACUAUCAUGAUUGUUUAUACGAAUGUAGAACACCUCGGUAAUUCUUUUUAUAUAUAAACUAUUUAAUAAAAAUGGAAGAUUGAAUGUUAAUGUGUGGGUUUAAAAGAAAAAGAAGCUUUAACACUAAUUUUCCAAAGGUAAGGGGAAAAAUAAAAUUUAUGCCUUAUAAAAUCACUCUGGAGAAAAAGAACAAUCUCCCAGGUGCAUUGAGAAAUAACACCCAGGGUUGCUCACCCAUGCACCAGCUUUCCAGGUUUAAUUGGUAGCUGGGAUAUCUUUUUGCCUCAGACAGCUCUUGAAUUGCUCAUACAGAACAAGUCUGCUGGUGCUGAAGUACCAAGGAUAUUUUCAUUUGCAUUUUAGAGGUUACGGCAUCUGUGUGGGGUUAGUAGGAUGCAUAUUUUUUAUGUAAGGUGGACAUUGCCUGUCUGUAAUGGGAAGCCUUCUCUCCCUAUAGUUAUAUGCAACCCCCCACUGCUUAGAGAGGUUGCAUUAAUCAGAGAAAUCUCCAAUAAUUCAUUCUCCUGAUGGCAUCCUAGGGAGGCAGAAGGCAUUCCGUUUUUCCUCAGUGAGAGCCGAAUCCUUAACCAUUUAAGAAACUACUUUCAGCAUCCUGCCCCACCCCUGGCUUGCAAGCCUUCCUUUUGGCCCCUAUUAAGGAUGGAAUGUCUCCCAUUUAGUACAAGAUAUACAGUAAACAGCCUGUUAUCCGAUUAAACUUUGGUGAAGUCACUGGUGGUUUUAAAUAGCCUGGCACGUCCUUCUUUCCGUGUGGCUUUGGUAUUUUCUACCUCUCACUAAGUUCUGUACUCUCAACCGUGUGUAGAAGGUUUGACGACCAUCUGCCUUAUAGACAAUCAUCAAGCAUUGCUGUCUGUGUCAUCCUGAGAAAACCACAAAGGUUUUAGUUCUUUCCUCUACUCUCUUCUUGUUUAUAAUACUCUAAGGUCUGCCUCUGUCUCCAAUAGGAGAUACCAAAAGGAAGCUGUGGUUCUUGUAAGUGUCUUACUUCACAUUAUGAUAAUAGAAUUUAUGCAGUAGCUGAAUUGUGUUGUCAAAACAAUUCUGACUUCUGCCCAGAGCACAUUAAAACCAAAGCCUGAUUGUGAA